CGCGUCGACGUCACCAAGCGCCGCCGCCGACUCGCUCAGCCCUCUUUCGGGCGUGUGCCUGUGACAAGCGGCGGAGCUCGGUUGGCUGCAGGCUGAGCUGCUCCUUCUCCUCACCCCGAAACUGGAAACAUGCUGUCCUUCGCUGCGAGACAACUAACCCGGCCACUGUGCCAACGCACGCCGGCUCGCAUCUGCGUACGCAGGCAACAGUCCCACGCCGCCAGCCGAGCGGCCGACGAGGAGCGGCCGUGGACGGGCCAGGAGAGCCUGGCUCAGGAUGACCCGGAGAUGUGGGACCUGCUGUUGAAGGAGAAAGACCGGCAGUGUCGUGGCUUGGAGCUAAUUGCAUCCGAGAAUUUCUGCAGCCGAGCAGCUCUGGAGGCUCAGGGCUCCUGUCUGAACAACAAAUACUCCGAAGGCUACCCUGGGAGAAGGUAUUACGGCGGAGCAGAAGUAGUAGAUCAAAUUGAGCUCCUGUGCCAAAAGCGAGCCCUGGAGGCCUUCGACUUGGACCCGGCCAAGUGGGGCGUCAACGUCCAGCCCUACUCGGGCUCCCCCGCCAACUUUGCCGUCUACACCGCCGUACUCAACCCCCACGACCGUAUCAUGGGCCUCGACCUUCCAGACGGAGGACAUCUGACCCAUGGCUAUAUGUCUGAUGUGAAGAGGAUCUCAGCCACCUCCAUCUAUUUUGAGUCCAUGCCCUACAAACUCAAUCCUGCGACAGGACUCAUCGACUACGACCAGAUGGAGCUGACGGCCAAGCUGUUCAGGCCCCGUCUCAUCAUCGCCGGCACCAGCGCCUACGCCCGCCUCAUUGACUACGCUCGCAUCAAGAAGCUGUGCGGUGACAUCAAGGCCUACAUGCUGGCUGACAUGGCUCACAUCAGCGGGCUGGUGGCAGCCAAAGCCAUCCCGUCGCCGUUCGAACACGCUGACCUGGUCACGUCCACCACACACAAGUCCCUCCGAGGAGCCAGAGCGGGUCUCAUCUUCUAUCGCAAGGGCGUUCGCUCCGUGGACAAGAAGGGCAAAGAGGUCACGUACGACCUGGAGGACAAGAUCAACUUCUCGGUCUUCCCCUCGCUGCAGGGUGGUCCUCACAACCACGCCAUCGCUGGUGUCGCUGUGGCGCUAAGACAGGCGCAUUCUCCUAUGUUUAAGGAGUACAUCGCUCAAGUUAUCAAGAACUCCAAGGCCAUGGCUAACGCGCUGCUCAGCAAAGGCUACACCCUCGUAUCAGGGGGAACCGACAACCACCUGGUUCUUGUGGAUCUCCGGCCCAAGGGCAUCGACGGCGCCAGGGCCGAAAGAGUACUGGAGCUGGUUUCCAUCACGGCCAACAAGAACACCUGCCCUGGCGACAAGAGCGCCCUGACCCCCGGAGGCCUCAGGCUUGGCGCUCCAGCUUUGACCUCCAGGCAGUUCAAAGAAGCCGACUUUGUUCGGGUCGUGGAGCUCAUGGACGAGGGCUUCCACAUUGCCUUGGAUGUGAAGAAAAAGACAGGGAAGCUCCAGGACUUCAAAAACUUCCUCCUGGAGGACCCCGAGACGGUGGCCCGUAUCGCCGAGCUACGCCAUCGCGUGGAAGAGUUCGCCAGGCCUUUCCCCAUGCCGGGCUUCCACGACCAUUAGAGAGAAGAAAAAGGAAAAGCAAGGCCUCGUAUUGAGGUUUCAUGAUGAAAAUUGAUAGAUUUUAUACAACAUAUUUUCUAUUGUACGUCUCAAAAUUGUUCAUAAUUCCCGACAGUUGCCACUGCUCAUUCAGAUGCACUCUACAGUCUUAAUGUUGCAAAGCAGAUUUACCAGCGUCAUUCGUUUGGAAAACUGUUCCCUGACCUUUGAGUCAAGGCACAUAUUUUACAUUUUGAAAAUAAAAAAUCUCACAAAUGCAUACGCAGGAGGGUUAUUAGGCACGGGCCAGCGGCAUAUUCAGACGGUGCGAUAAUUGGGAGCAAAAUUAUUGCAGAAUAUUGGAAUUAAAAAUCUAAAGUAUAUUAUUUCGAAUGUUUAGAAGCACAGAAUAACUCCCCAAUUUCUUUUUUUUUAUAAUAACACAUAUUUGAAAUAAAUGUCUCGUCCCUUUUUUGGGAUUCACAGACCGCCCUAAUCACUGCAUCAGUGAUCAAUUCCGGUCUGUCUUUUCUUCCACGCGCCGCAUCCCUUGAAGGAGAGUCACUUUGCCAAAAUACACGCAUUUUAUUCCCAAUAAAAUGUCAUUGAUAAGGAAAA